CAUGGCAGGACCCCGGCAGAGGAGAGGAGUGCAGCCCCCCGCCUCCGGGGCGCCCCCUGUCCCCUCCUCCCGGUCACUCCCCGUCUCCUCUGACACGUCCUCCCCGGUGUUCCUGCAUGGCUCCUGCUCUGGUUCUGCUGCUUCUCCCGGGCCUGCUCCUGGCCCCGGUGCUCGGUGAUGAUUCGCCGCCUCCUCCUUCCCUGGUCAUUGCGCUUCUUGCUCGGAACGCCGCACAUGCGCUGCCCUACAGCCUGGGGGCGCUAGAGAGGCUGCACUACCCUAAGGAGAGGAUCUCUAUCUGGUGUGUGACCGACCACAAUGAGGACGCGACGCUGGAUGUGUUGCGGCAGUGGCUGGAGUCGGUGCGUCCGUUGUAUCACUCAGUGGUGUGGCGAGUCCAGGAAGCGCCCAGAUGGUAUCCUGAAGAGACCGGCCCCAAAGAGUGGCCCAAGGAGCGCUAUGAACACGUGAUGAAUCUCAGGCAGGAGGCGUUGGACUAUGCCAGAGAGAAUAAAGCCGACUAUAUAAUGUACACGGACGCGGACAACGUCCUGACCAACGAUCAGACGGUGCAGUUGCUGAUGGCGAAGAAUAAGACCUUGGUGGCGCCAAUGUUGGACGCCCAGACGGGAUUCUCUAACUUUUGGUGUGGGAUGACUCCGCAGGGCUUUUAUCGCAGGACGGCUGAUUAUUACCCCACGAGGAACCGUCAGCGGGUCGGGUGCUUCGCUGUCCCCAUGGUGCACGCCACCUUCCUGCUGGACCUGCGCAGGGAGGAGAGCAACAAGCUGGCAUUUUACCCCCCUCAUCCCGACUACAGCUGGACCUUUGAUGACAUCAUUGUUUUUGCGUAUUCGUGUCUGGCGUCACGCGUUCAGGGCUAUGUGUGCAAUGACAUUCGCUUUGGUUACAUCAAUGUACCGCCCCUACCGCAGCAUGACCUGGAGGAUGACAAGCUGAAUUUUGUCCACCUUAUGCUGGAAGCUAUGGUGGAAGGCUUCCCAUUCAACACUUCCCAAUAUGUGUCUCCGCCAGAAAAGCAUCCUGACAAAAUGGGAUUCGAUGAGGUAUUCCUUAUAAAUCUUCUCCGUCGCCCUGAACGCCGUGAGAGAAUGCUGCGCUCCCUGUAUGAACAAGAGAUAUCUUGCCGCGUGCUGGACGCAGUGGAUGGAAGGGCUCUGAACAGCAGCGACAUCAAGCGCUUGGGGGUGAACCUUCUGCCUGGAUUCUACGAUCCGUUCUCGGGCCGGACCCUCACAAAGGGGGAGGUGGGCUGUUUCCUCAGCCACUUUAAAAUCUGGCAGGAGAUAGCCGAUCGGCAGCUGGAGGUCACUUUGGUGUUUGAGGACGACGUGCGCUUUGAAUCCUAUUUCAAGCGGAAGAUGAUCCGCCUUCUGAAUGACGUCCGCGCCGCCAAACUCGAAUGGGAUCUGAUAUACAUAGGCCGGAAACAAGUGACCACCGAUCCCGAGAAGCCGGUGGAGAACGUGAGGAACCUGGUGGAAGCCGAUUACUCCUAUUGGACCCUGUGUUACAUGAUCUCCUUGCGGGGGGCCCAGAAGCUGGUGAAUGCGGAGCCCUUGUCUAAGAUGCUCCCGGUAGAUGAGUUCCUGCCCAUUAUGUCAGACACACAUCCAAAUGAGGGAUACAAAGGUCACUUUCUCAACCGGGAUCUGAAGGUUUUCUCUGUGAAUCCUCUCCUGGUUUACCCGACCCAUUACACCGGCGAGCCCAGCUGGUUGAGCGACACCGAGACGUCCACGCUCUGGGAUGAUGACAACGUACGGACAGACUGGAGCGGAUCGCAGAAGACCCUCAAGGACUCUCGGGGGAACAUGCCUCAGGGGCUGCAGUCUACAUCGCGGGACGAGCUGUGAUCCUGCCGCACGGGAAAGGGUCGCCGCCCGCAGAGAUGGAACGUCGGAGAAACUGCGCAAGAACCCUUUUCACGUUGCUCCCCCUGCUGGCAGAGAGCUCGAAAGCACAUUAUCCGUCCAUCUUGAAGUACGGUUCAUAAAAUUGAGUGUAUUUUAGACUUUAAAUACGUCAAUUUCGUCAGCUGAUAUUCCUAUAUGGGGUUAGGGCAGAGGGUCCGCUGUAUCCGCCAUGCUCUGGCUCAGUGUUUCCCAACCAGGACGCCCCCAGCUGUUGCAAAACAACAACUCCCAGCAUGCCCGGACAGCCGUUGGCUGUCCGGGCAUGCUGGGAGUUGUAGUUUUGCAACAGCUGGAGGCACGCUUGUUGGAAAACACCACUCUGCCAUAACCCUUUAUGGGUAUCUCAUACACUUUUUUUUCCAUCCCCCAACCCCACCCCACCUGUUUUUUGGGGUAUAGUCCAGGCCUACAAGGGAAGGGGGCAGGUUGGAUGGAGUCCGAACAAUAGACAUAACUGGAGUUUAUCUGUUUACAAGCCUCAUGGUAGCAUUACUGUAAAUACAUGGAUUCUAUGUGGGCGCGGGAAUAGUUUUGUGUACUAUAAGUCGGUAUUAACUUACCUUACAGAAUUAAUUUAGCUUUAUUUAGCUGUCAGGGACCUAAUAUAUUUGACCAAUAUUAAAGAGCUUUUUUUAUAUAGUUAUGUCUGUUUCUGGGCAAGCUGGGUGACACCAACAUGGAUGAAGACAUCAAUGACAUGGCCUGAGAUCCAGCUUGUCCAGAUUCCUGAAUGGUGACGCAUGUAUUACUCCUUUCUAAUCUAUCAAGGCAGAUUUGCCAUCAUGACUUAGGCCGGGUUCAGACUUAAAAAAAAAAAAAGUCACGGGCGGAAUUACGUUUAGAAAUUCCACUUAAAUAUUCCGGUUCUGUCAACUAUGGAAUUUCCGUAGCUUAAAUUCUGCCACUGAAACAGGGAUCUUAGCUUAUUCUUUCUGCGGAAUACAUUGCCGUCUACAGAGAUCGGCAGACCUGUCAAUUAUUUCUGCGGAAUCCGCUCGGAAAUGCAUUGCCGUCUAUGAAAAUGGCGCAUUAAGUCACCAGUCGGCGCCUGCUGCCCAUGGAAUGUCCGGCUGUGUGAAUGCGUCCUAGUAGCAAGGAUGUCAUUGUUGCCCAUGGCAACCAAUCACAGCUCAGGUUUCAGUUUUCAAACAGCUCUGGUAAAAUGAAAGCUGAGCUCUGAUUGGUUGCUAUGGACAACAAUGACUUUUUUUUUUUUUUCGGACAGCUUAAUUAAACCAGGCCCAAAUUGUGUCAGACUCCGCCUCCCCAAUCCCUGCAUUUAGCCUUAAAGGAGUAGUCCAGCUUACAAAACUGUAUAGGAUAGGGGAUAAGUGUCAGAUCAUGGGGGUGGGCGUGGGUUUUAGGUGGUAGAUCCGACUGCUGGGACCCCCUGCAAUCUCCUGCCUGGCUCUCCUCCCAUGACUGGAGCUGUGCACGAAGCAGUGGUCAACACGCCCCCUCCAUUCAUCUCUAUAGGAGAUACCUGAGUACAUAGCUUCGGUUCGUGCCGACCCCUGCUCCUUGCAGGAGGAGAUCUGGGGCACCGGGCAGGAGAUCGCGGGGUGUCCUGGUGGCCGGAUCCCUUACAUCGAUCUGACAAAAAGAAGAGGGGAUACAUUUUUCUAAGCUAGAUAACCCCUUUAAGGGCAUCUUCAUUUUGAUGGAGUGUUCUUUUAAAGGAUAAAUCUCAUGCUAGAAAACGUAUCCCCUAUCCGGGGGGAUCCGAGCGCUGGGGCCCCCCCACCAUCUCCUGUACGGAGCCCCUUUGCUUUAGUACAGGAGAACGUCACGACCCCUACACGAAGCAGAGGUCGCCACACCCCCUCCAUAAAGCUCUAUGGUAGAGAUGAAGAUUGCCAAACGGCUCUCCCAUAGGACUAUAUGGAGGGGGCAGGGGGGGGGCGUGACCCGCUCCCGUGCUACAGCACAGGGACUCCGAACAGGAGAUCGUGGGGGGCCCCAGUGCUCGGACACCCCACAUUCUAAAACGUAUCCCCUAUCUGAAGGAAGUUUCCUAGCAUGAGACUUCUCCUUUAAUCUAGAAUCACUACAAUAUUGUCCACAUCUAGAAUUAUCAGCCGUCUCCAACCUCCAGCCCUCUAGCUGUUGUGAAACUACAGGUGUUUUCAGGGCAUGCUGGGAGUAGUAGUAGUUCUAAAACAGAUGAAGAGCCACAGGAUGGAGACCAUUGAUUACAUUGUAAGGGUGAGGUCACACGUAGCGUAUACACAGCGUAUUUCACACUGCACAAAAUCCGCUGCGCAGCAGGAAAUACUCUGCGUAUUCUCCUAUGAAUAGACACACAUGGCUACCCGCGCGAGGUUCUGAGGCGCGCCCAGCACGCCCACGUGACUAUGAUGCACAGGCUGCUGCGAGUAGCCCUGUGUGUCUGCUCAUAGUAAAAUAAGAAGCAUGUGAAAUAUGCAUAUACGCAAUAUGUGACCCUACACUAAGGAAGUGUUUCCCAACCAGGGUGCCUGUGGCUGUUGCAAAACUACAACUCCCAGCAUGCCCGGACAGCCAACGAUUGUCUGGGCAUGCUGGGAGAUGUAGUGUUUGUCUGGAUCUAAAGUAUAACUCAUUUUAGUCCACCUAAGCCAGUGUUACCAAACCAGUGUGUCUCCAGCUGUUGCAAAACUAAAACUACCAGCAUGCCCGGACAGCCAACGGUCGUCUGGGCAUGCUGGGAGAUGUAGUGUUUGUCUGGAUCUAAAGUAUAGAUCAUUUUAGUCCACCUAAGCCAGUGUUACCCAACCAUUGUGUCUCCAGCUGUUUAAAAACUACAACUCCCAGCAUGCCCGGACAGCCAACAGUUGUCUGGGCAUGCUGGGAGAUGUAGUGUUUGUCUGGAUCUAAAGUAUAGCUCAUUUUAGUCCGCCUAAGCCAGUGUUACCCAACCAGUGUGUCUCCAGCUGUUGCAAAACUACAACUCCCAGCAUGUCCGGACAGCCAAUGGUUGUCUGGGCAUGCUGGGAGGUGUAGUGUUUGUCUGGAUCUAAAGUAUAGCUCAUUUUAGUCCACCUAAGCCAGUGUUACCCAACCAGUGUGUCUCCAGCUGUUGCAAAACUACAACUCCCUGCAUGCCCGGACAGCCGUUGGCUGUCCGGGCAUGCUGGGAGUUGUAGUUUUGCAACAGCAGGAGACAACCUGGUUGCGAAACACUGUGGUAAAGGUUUGAUCUGAGACUAUCUCAACAUAGUUAAUUUGUCAGGCGGCAAAACGACACACAGUGAAUUAAUGCAAUGUACAGUAAAGAGCGCGUGGUCCUGCUGCAUAGUAAUUGGCACCCUACCGCUACAUCUGAACCCGGCCUAAAACUACAACAGGGUAUGUACAGUACUGACCUGGAAGGACUAUGCUGGCAGUGACAGUCUUGCUUUUU